AUGAGCGAGGACGACAAGGACGCUGUUGAGGAAGAGUUGGAGAGAGCUGUGUUUGGCGACAGCAUGGGGUUUAGAGCUGGACUUGCUGGAUUCGAGACUGGUCUGGAUGGCGAUGAUUCUGCCGACGAAGGCGCUGCUGCUUCUGGAGAUGAUCAGGCAUACGAUGGUCUUGCGGACGCUGAUUUGUUCUUCACUGAUGUCGGUGCAUCGACUGAGCUGCAGCCUGUGCCAGUCACGGAAGAGGAGGAAGAGGACGAGGGAGCUGCGUGGCAAGACAGCGACGAUGAGAGGAUGGUUGUGUCGCUGGCCUCGGUACCGAGACUGCGCAAGCUGAGGAGGACAGAGGCUGAGGAUGUCAUUUCUGGCAAAGACUACGUCCGCCGUCUGCGCAAACAUUAUGAGAUGCUCAACCCCGUCCCCGAUUGGGCUGUCGAAGCCGCCCAGAAAGGGCCCAGAAAGAAGCGCAGACUCAGUUACGACGAUCUUGAUGCUGAGUCAGACGAGGACAUGGACAUGGACGAGGAAGAGGGCGACGACCAAAUCUCAGCCGAACCACUGAGCAAGCUGCUACAAGGAGGAGGCCUCGUACGACGAACAGAGACGAAGAAGCGCAAGCUGCGACCCGAAGUCAUCGAUAUCCAGCGUACAAAGGACAUUGGUACCACCCAACCCUCGGCCAUCACCUCGCUGCAGUACCACCCCGAGCUUCCUCUGCUGCUCUCUUCCGGUCCCUCAUCAACCCUCUACCUCCACCACAUCGUCGCUUCUCCUCCUGCGCCUGAAGCCAAUCCUCUUCUCACCUCUCUGCACAUCCGUAAGACUCCUCUCACAACGACCGCUUUCCACCCCAAUGACCCCCGUAUCUUCCUCUCCGCCCGCCGCCGCUACUUUCACGUCUGGAACCUCGAGACUGGUAAAGUGGAAAAGAUCGCUCGUGUCUAUGGACAUCAACACGAACAGCGCAGCAUGGAGCGCUUCAAGCUAUCUCCUGAUGGUCGCAGCAUGGCUCUCAUCGGCAGUGCUCGCAAGGGCGGCGGUGUGAUCAAUAUUCUCGACGCAUACACAUUGCAAUGGGCAAGUCAAGUGCGUGUAGAAAGCAACAACGGUAUCGCAGACUUUGCCUGGUGGCGCGACAGCCGCGGUAUGAGUAUUGCCGGCAAGAACGGCGAAGUCACCGAGUGGAACAUCGAUGAGCAACGCGCGGUAGCUCGCUGGCAAGACGAAGGCGCCGUGGGCACCACCACCAUCACCCUCGGCGGCGACAAUGGCAACGCUGGCUCACCCAUCGGCAAAGAUCGCUGGGUUGCCGUCGGCAGUUCCAGCGGUGUGGUCAACAUUUACGAUCGCCGCGCAUGGCUCGUCGCCUCUGCCUCCUCCACCGAUGCCCUUGCCUCCCCCAUCCCUGCUGUCCCUAAACCUACUCGCGCUCUCGAUAAUCUCACUACACCCAUCUCGCAUCUUGUGUUCUCGCCUGAUGGACAGAUGCUUGUCAUGGCAUCGAGGUGGAAGAAGGAUGCGCUGAGGAUUGUGCAUUUGCCUACAUGCACGGUGUUCAAGAAUUGGCCUACUAGCAAUACGCCGUUGGGAAGAAUCACAGGUGUUGCGUUUGCGCCGGGGAGUGAUGGGUUGGCUGUCGCGAAUGAGCAGGGUAAGAUUAGGUGUUGGGAGGUCAGAGCGUAG